ACAUUUUUGCACACCGGACUGUUAUCAGGAAGCGCGUCCUGGCUGUGACCUGUUUCGUCGGGUUUCAUCAGUAACAUGGACUUUUAGCUGGAAUAAAGAGUCAUGUUUAAAUUGAAUCUGUUGCAGAAAAACAGGACGUUCAGAUAUGGAGUCCCUAUGCUCUUGCUGAUAGUCGGAGGUUCCUUUGGCCUGAGAGAGUUCACACAAAUCCGGUAUGAUUCCCAGAAGAUCAGAAGGAAGUUGGAUCCUUCUCUGGAGGCCAAAGUCGAUGUUGAGAGGCAGAAAGUCAUACUGGAGGAGGAGUACGAGAAGAUAAAAGUGGUGAAUUUGGACGAGUGGAAGAACAUCCGUGGUCCUCGUCCCUGGGAGGACUCGAGAGACUAUCAGGAGCAGCAGCGCUCCGGGCAGAACAAAGAGCACUGAAGCUCAGGGACACGAGGCCGAGCACUGCGGCAGGACGGGCCAGACAAGAAUGGACAGUGUCUGUGGAGAGGACACCACAGAGACCCAAUUAUCCCGGAAGUCACAGCUGCAGGACGAGGGCUCACCGUGUUCGGUGUUGGCUUGUUCUAGACUUCUAACCUUUGGAAAUAAUGUGCAUUGUUGUGUUUGUUGUGAAGAAAACUGGUUUUAGAUUUAGUGACAUUUAACCUCUCCUAUUCACUGGAAUGUCGCGGAACUACGGUGGCCUUCACGUACCAGAAAAGAUGUAAUGUUAAUGACAUUAUACACAUAUUAGGGCACAACCAACUAUUAUUUUCAUAAUCACUUAAUCUGGCUGUCAUUGCUUUGAUGAAUCGAUUGUGGGGUUUGGUCCAUGAAAUGUCAUAAGAUUGUUAAUCGGUUAGGGUCCACAAACCAAAAUGACUCAUGUGUUUUAAUAAUAAUUCUUUAUUCUAUGGUGCAAAGAAACCAGAAGAUAUCACACUCUGGACCUUUAAAAUUAAAGAAAUACUCUGUGAUUUUAUGGACUUCAAUGCACAAAGUAUAAAUGAGUCACCUUUUGUUUGGUUGGUCUCCAGUCUGAUCAGGUGUUUGGAACCAAAAAUACCAGCAGGUGGCGCAUGUGUGUCCUGCUGCUCUGUAUCCUACUAACAAAGGAACUAUAUAUAUGUAUAUAUAUAUAUACAUAUAUAUAUAUAUAUCUAUAUAUAUGGUGUUUGUACAAUCAGUGAAUCAAAGUAGGAUUUUCAUGCCUCAGUAAAUGAUUGCUACUGAUCCAAA